GAGCGCGUGGCCCUGCGCCCCACCGCCACACCGCACGCGACUGAAUGGGAUAUUAACACCCAGUACACACCUACACACACCACGCCAACCCACGGACAGGAUACACGCACACACUCCCGUGCAAAAACGGUGGCACCAAAAUGGAGCUGGAGCAUUUUGAUGGGCGUGACAGAGGUCAGAGGUCAAGGCGAGGGCUGCCCCCGAGCCCAGCUCACAGUGCCCACUGCAGUCUGGGUCGCGCACGCACACUCCAAGCCCUCAGCUCUGAGAAGAAAGCCAAGAAAGUGCGUUUUUACCGCAACGGUGACCGACACUUCAAAGGCAUCGUGUAUGCAAUCUCUCGGGACAGAUUCAGGUCUUUUGAUGCUCUUCUUGCUGAUCUAACACGAUGCCUGUGUGACAGCCUCAACCUUCCACACGGCGUCCGCACUUUAUUCACAAUCGACGGAUCUGCCAAGAUUACCAGCCUGGAGCAGCUGGAGGAAGGUGAGAGUUACGUCUGUGUAUCAAUAGAACCGUUUAAGAAACUUGACUACACCAAGAACGUCAAUCCCAACUGGUCAGUCAACGUGAAGACUUUGGCAUCUUCUCGGGUACCCACCUCACUGGCCAGUGCCAAAUCCAGCUCACUGGAAACCAAGGAAAGCAAAGACUUUAUCAGGCCCAAGCUGGUGACCAUCAUCAGAAGCGGCGUGAAGCCUCGCAAAGCCGUCCGUAUUCUCCUCAACAAGAAGACGGCACACACUUUUGAGCAAGUUCUCAGUGAUGUCACGGAUGCCAUCAAGCUCGACACGGGGGCUGUGAAGAGACUCUACACGGUGGACGGCAAAAUGCUGACGUGUCUGCAGGACUUCUUCGGGGAGGAUGACAUAUUCAUUGCAUGUGGACCAGAAAAGUUCCGUUACCAGGAUGACUUCCUGCUGGAUGAGAGCGAAUGCAGGAUGACGAAAUCGCAGUCUUACGGGAGGCUCUCGUCUCUGCAGGGUCGCUGUUCUCCUCGCAGUGGAGCUGGCUCAUACAGAAGCAAGUCUCCGGUUUCUAACAGCUCAGCUAAUGGAACAGCAGGCAGUCAACUGUCUACGCCUCGCUCAGGCAAGUCCCCGAGUCCGUCUCCCACCAGUCCGGCCAGCCUCAGGAGACGGCGGAGCUCACAACACAGCGGCUCGUCUCUCUCUCUGGCUUCUACUAAAGUGUGCAGUUCCAUGGAUGAAGGUGACGGUCCUGCUAGUGAAGCUGAAGUGGUGGAGGAAGGCCCUCAGGUUCCUGCCUCUAUAACUGAGAGAUACAAGGUGGGGAGGAUGAUUGGAGACGGAAACUUUGCGGUGGUGAGAGAGUGCGUGGAGAGAUCCACGGGCCGAGAGUACGCGCUCAAAAUCAUCAACAAGGGCAAAUGCAGAGGCAAGGAACAUAUGAUCCAGAAUGAGGUGUCUAUUCUGAGGAGGGUGAAACACCCCAACAUAGUCCUGCUGAUCGAGGAGAUGGACACCUACAGUGAACUCUACCUGGUCAUGGAGCUGGUCAAGGGUGGCGACCUCUUUGAUGCGAUCACAUCCACAAAUAAGUAUACGGAGCGGGACGCCAGCGGGAUGCUGUACAACCUGGCGAGCGCUAUCAAGUACCUGCACAGCCUAAACGUAGUGCACAGAGACAUCAAACCUGAGAACCUUCUGGUCUAUGAGCACCAGGAUGGCAGUAAGUCUCUGAAGCUGGGUGACUUUGGCUUGGCCACGGUGGUAGAUGGACCUUUGUACACCGUGUGUGGCACCCCGACAUACGUAGCUCCAGAAAUCAUUGCAGAGAGUGGGUACGGCCUGAAGGUGGACAUCUGGGCGGCUGGUGUCAUUACUUACAUCCUGCUCUGCGGCUUUCCUCCUUUCCGUGGGAGCAGCGAAGAUCAGGAGGCUAUGUUUGAUCAGAUUCUCACAGGACAGCUGGAUUUUCCUCUGCCAUACUGGGACAACGUGUCCGAUUCUGCGAAGGAUCUCAUCACGUGUAUGCUGCAGGUGGAUGUCGAGCAGAGAUACACGGCUCUGCAUGUUUUAGAUCAUCCGUGGGUCAACGACGACGGCUUGUCUGAGAACGAGCAUCAGCUGUCAGUGGCUGGAAAAAUCAAGAAGCACUUCAUCACAGGCUCCAAGUCCAGCAGCACAAAACCUGGCGUCUCUGUUAUAACAACCACCGCUCUUGAUAAGGAGAGGCAGAUUUUCAGACGAAGACGCCACCAGGAUGUGAAGUCCACCACCACUCACCCUUCACACAGCAGCUUCCUGUCGAAGCCUCUAGCCGGCCCCAGCCUCUCCCCUGCAGAGUUCACCUCCGAGUCCGAGGACUUCUCGCCCAGCUCCGCCGAGACCGUGCGCUCCCCAACCUCACCGUUCUAACCUAAAAUCUCUCUCCUACACACACACACACACACACACACACACACACACACACACACCGUUACCCCGAACAGGGUCUGAGUAUCAACCUAACAUGAGACAAGAUAUAAAGAAAAGCUCUCAUUUGCAUGUUUUGAUCUGGAACACUUCCUGUAUUCAUAAUGCAUUUGAAAUAUACUAAAAUAAUCUUUAACUGUAUGUAACAUACAUAAAUACCUAAAUUCCUACACAAUACAUGCUCAUAACGCAUUAUUAAGCAAUAUAACGAGACUUAAAGAUAACAUGAGGUUAAAAGCAAGCCUGUUUUAACAAAGUUCUUCUAUUUGAUCCAUUCUAUUUUUUUUAUUCAUUUAUUGUUACUAUUCAAGUUGAGGAAUAUCUCAGAGUUAAGACAAACAUCCAGCUUGUCAUGUUACAUAGAAAUUUAAUGGUCAGAACCAUCAUCAGAUCUGCUCUGGUAGAAAAAUAUAAUCUGAUCAUUUCUAAUCAAAACUCGACUCAAGAAUUCAAGAUUGGAGCUUUAUUGCUCACGUACACAGUUAUAUACAUCUUGCAAUAAUAGAAUGGAAACCUGGCUUGUUCCUAAUAAGACUGCGAAUAUAAAGAGAAAGAUGAAAUAAUAUUUAUUUCUUUUUUAGGAAGGUGAACAUUUAAAAUGAUUCUUUUUCUGUAUAAAUGUCAUCGGUUUCUUAAAGUUCUUAUGAACAGAUUUUAUAUUGCCUCAUUUUAUAAUUUUUUUUUUUUUUUUUUUACUUUUUUUUUAUGGUCUGCUUGUAUCUAAAAAUAUUCCAGAGCAGACUUUCAUUAUUCAGUAUAAAGGUAUUAUGCAUGCUACGCAAGCAUUUGUAAUGCAUUAUGAAUACAGGAUGAAUUUAAAGGUGUUACUGGUCUGUUUUAAACUUGAUAUAAUUAUUAGUGUAGGUGGAAACUUGUGGAGAGUUCAGAAUAAUUUACUCCCAUUGCAAUUUGUACAAACUUGGUGUAUUUAAAAGAAGCACAACGGCUCCUUCGGUCGAAAUUAGCUCCUGAAGAAACAACGGCGUAAUCGUUUUCCAGGUUUUUACAAAGUUUUCCCGGAAAAAAAGUACUAAACUGAGUAAAAGCUCUGUGUUGGUGAAGCACAUGUUCUUUUGUUCUCUACAUACAGUAUAGGCUUUGUCCCAUUUCCCAAAGCUUUUCAUGCGCCCUCU